ACCGUAUUAUCUUGUUUAGCUGCAGAAACUUCUUCUUACCACUGCUUGCGAGACGAGGCGAGUCGCCACUGCUCUUAACAAUUUUCAUGCAAAAGCUGGCGGUGUUAAGAAUUUGAUUGAAAAACAUGGCGCAUUUUGCGAAACCAGAGAAUGCAUUGAAGCGAGCAGAAGAGUUGAUUAACGUGGGGCAGAAGCAAGAUGCAUUGCAGGCACUUCACAAUGUAAUAACUUCAAAGAGACACAGAGCUUGGCAGAAGUCACUUGAAAAGAUAAUGUUCAAAUAUGUAGAGCUGUGUGUUGACAUGCGGAAUGGUCGGUUUGCCAAAGACGGUUUGAUUCAAUAUCGGACUGUAUGUCAGCAAGUGAAUGUUAGUUCCUUGGAGGAGGUUAUCAAGCACUUCAUGCAUCUUUCUACUGAGAAAGCUGAGCAGGCUCGUAGUCAAGCACAAGCCCUAGAAGAAGCUCUUGAUGUUGAUGACCUUGAAGCUGAUAAAAGGCCAGAAGACUUGAUGCUAAGUUACGUCAGUGGAGAGAAAGGAAAGGAUAGGUCUGAUCGUGAACUUGUUACUCCUUGGUUCAAGUUUCUUUGGGAGACGUAUAGAACGGUGCUUGAAAUAUUGCGGAACAAUUCUAAGUUGGAAGCGCUCUAUGCGAUGACAGCACAUCGGGCAUUCCAGUUCUGCAAGCAGUAUAAGCGAACAACAGAGUUCCGAAGGUUAUGUGAGAUCAUAAGGAAUCACUUAGCAAAUCUAAAUAAAUAUAAAGACCAGAGGGACAGACCUGACCUUUCUGCAUCAGAGAGCUUGCAAUUGUAUCUUGAUACAAGAUUUGAGCAGCUAAAAAUUGCUACUGAGCUUGGACUUUGGCAGGAAGCUUUUCGCUCUGUUGAAGAUAUUCAUGGAUUGAUGUCUAUUGUCAAGAAAGCUCCCAAGGCUUCGUUGAUGGGGGUUUAUUAUGCCAAUUUAACUGAAAUAUUCCGGACUUCAGGAAGCCAUCUUUAUCAUGCUUAUGCGUGGUUCAAGUUAUUUUCACUUCAAAAAAGCUUUAAUAAAAACUUAGGUCAGAAGGAUUUGCAGUUGAUAGCAUCAUCAGUUGUUUUGGCUGCUCUGUCAGUGACUCCUUAUGAUCAAAUGCUUGGUGCAUCACACUUGGAACUUGAAAAUGCUAAAGAGCGCAACCUCCGAAUGGCAAAUCUUAUAGGAUUUAAUCUUGAAUCUAAACUUGAGAAUAGAGAAGUGUUUUCAAGGUCAUCACUUCUUACAGAACUGGUCUCUAAAGGUGUACUUAGUUGUGCAACUCUAGAAGUGAAAGAUCUUUACCAUCUUUUGGAACAUGAGUUUCUCUCUCUGGAUGUAGCAUUAAAGACACGGCCUCUGUUGAUGAAAAUAUCAAAACUGGGUGGAAAGCUGGCUUCAGCUUCAUCUGUUCCAGAAGUUCAGCUCGCUCAUUAUGUUCCAAUGCUUGAAAAGCUUGCUACCCUUAGGUUGCUUAAGCAGGUGUCUCAGGUUUUCCAGACAAUGAAAAUUGAAAGAUUGUCUCAAGUUAUCCCCUUUUUUGAUUUUUCAAUGGUUGAAAAAAAUUCUGUUGAUGCUGUGAAACAUAAAUUCAUAGCCUUGAAAGUUGACCACCUGAAGGGUGUUGUACUAUUUGGUAGUAUGGGUCUUGAAUCUGACAAGUUUCGUGAUCACCUGACUCUUCUUGCUGAAUCUUUGAAUAAAGCAAGAGCCAUGAUAUACCCUUCUACCAAGAAAGCGUCAAAGCUGAGUAAAGUUUUACCAGAUUUAGGGGAGACUGUAGAUAAGGAACAUAAAAGGCUUCUGGCUAGGAAAUCAAUUAUUGAGAAAAGAAAGGAAGAACAAGAACGUCAAUUAUUAGAAAUGGAACGUGAGGAGGAGUCGAAGAGGCAGAUGUUGCAGAAAAAAAAUAAAGAAGCCGAAAAAAAGAGACUUGCUGCUAUGUUUGAGCAACAGCGAGCUGAAAGAAUCCAUAAGGAAAUAGAAGAGCGAGAGCUUGAAGAGGCACAGGCACUGCUACUGGAAACUGAAAAGCAUCUGAAAAGAGGGAAAAAGAAAGCUGCGUGAAGAGGAGGAAGCUCGUAAACGUGAAGAAGCUGAGAGACGAAGGAAAGAAGAAGCUGAGCGCAGAGCAAAAUUGGAUGAAAUAGCUGAAAAGCAGAGGCAAAGAGAACUAGAACUGGAAGAGAAAGAGAGGCUGAGACGAGAA